AUGGCUACAGAGGCAGUGGAUAUUCCAGAGGAGCAAUUGAAUGGUCAACCGCAGGGAGUUGAAGAUGAGGAGGACAUCGCCGCGAUGAAGAAAAGAGUCGCAGAAAUGGAGUCCGAAGCAGCCAAACUACGCGAAAUGCAACAGACCCUAGACGCCGAAUCAGAAAGCCUACGAGAAGAUAAAGAAGAUAUUGACGCUCGAAGCAUAUUCGUCGGAAACGUGGACUACGGUGCGUCGCCGGAGGAGAUUCAGGCGCAUUUCCAGAGUUGCGGGUCGAUUAAUCGCGUGACGAUUUUGCUGGAUAAGUUUACGGGCCAUCCCAAAGGAUACGCCUAUGUCGAGUUUGCAGAGCCCAGCCUGGUUGCGCAGGCUUUGGUACUGAACGAGAGUGUGUUCCGCGGACGUAACCUGAAGGUCACACCUAAGCGUACCAAUGUACCUGGCAUGGCCAGAGGUCGAGGCCGAGGCCGUGGUGGCCGUGGUGGCUUCGGUCGCGGUGGCUUCCCACACCGCGGCGCCUACCGUGGUGGCGGUGGUUAUCGUGGUCGUGGCCGUGGAUAUGCGCCUUACUAA